CGAACGAAAACCCAAGAACCAUGCGUCGCCCAUCGCUGCCGGUGGUGGUCACGACGGCCGUCGUCGCCGGCGUCCUCGGUACCAUCUACUACGUCCACGACGUGCAGGUCCGCGAGAAGAAGGAGAUGCGCGAAGGCGUCCUCCGCGACAUUCGCCGCGACCGGCUGCGCAAGCAGCAAGAAGAGGCCGCAAAGAGCAGUGGGCCGCUGUAGAUACGACGUGCUAUAUUGAUAAGAUCAGCCUCGCGUGCUCUCGACGUAUCGGUCUUGCUCGAGCAGCUCGGCGAGCCACGCCUCGGCCGCCCCGUCGUCGCGCUGGAGCUGCAUGCGCUUGCCGAUCAGGAGAGUUUGCCG